GCCGUGUGUGACCAGGAACACGACAGCGCGAGCCAAAGGAACGAGCAUGUGCUGGAAAGCCCCUCUGUGGGCCAGUCGAUGGGCGAUCAGGCGAAGAAGGGCUGCAGGAAGUCUUCCGCCGAGAGAGUCCAGUUCUACCUCAACGGAACGGGACGACGGAACGGAACGGAACGGAUCGGAAAGGAGCCAACGCCGAAGCGGAAACUGAAACGGAACGAGACGAAGCCAAGCGGAACGGAAAGAAACGCGACGAAAGGGGAGGUGGAGAUGGAGAUGGAGAUGGAGGUGGAAAUGAGGAGAUUCAGCGAUCUUCCCGAUGAUCUGAUUAGCAGGAUUCUCGGUUUCGUCGAGGAUGUACGAGAUCUGUAUUGUUGCGGGGCGACCUGCAAGAGGUGGCACGUGCUGACGAGUGCCGUUCUGGAGACUGAUAUGCCUUGUGGAGAGCUGUGGUGCCCACUGCGUUUGAGCGUUCACACCUUCUCACGAUCUGUUUCUCCACUCCUGCGACGGGCAGUCACAUGGCCGCGCUUGCGCCACGUGGACUUGUCUGGAUGUGCCUGGCUCGGCGACGAUGAGGUCAGACCGUUGGUUAGGUGUUCCCUCUCUGAGCUUCGGCUGUCAGGCCUGCAGAGAAUAUCAGUGGGAGUGCUACAGCUCAUUGCGAGUGGAUGCAGGAGGAUGAAUAGCAUUACGAGUAGCGUCGGUGGUAGCAACAGGGCGCAGGAGCAGGCACCUGUCCCUGGUGGUGGAGGUGGAGAACUUGUUUUGGCACCACAGCCGCUUGGAGGAAUGCCAGCUGCCUUGCCACUUGGAAGAGGACCAGGGAUUGCAGGGAGAGAGGAAGAGAUGAUGGCGGCGACGACGGCGAUGAUGAGAAAUGCUGCGAGGACCCACACGCUUGCUACAGUUCCGUUUGUUCCUCGAAGAGAUCAAGAGAGGGCAAGAGAUGCCCUUGGACCAGAACACCCAGCUUCUUUGGCAUUUGCUGAUGCUGGUGGUGCUGGUGCUGCUGUGGUUGGCCGGGAGGAUACGGACAUCGAUCGGGACAGGGUUUCACAGGAGAUGCGGGUGUUAGCCGAUCGAGUUCGUGAGACUCAGGUAGAAGUUCGAGCUCUCGUGGAUGGCGUUCGAGUGUUGUUGGGAGAAGGGGGGGGAAGAGUGGGCAGAGAGGCACAGCGAGGAGAACUGCGCACGAGAGCCGCGCGGAGGCCUCCAGCUUCCCCUGUCCGAACGCCAGAAUCUGAACGAAUUGAAAGGGGAACGAGGGUUGCCAAUGAGGCUGGCGGUGAAGGCUCAAGGGAUUUGAGAGGUGGAGAAGGACAAGGAGAAGUAGGAGGGGGAAGAGGAGGAGGAGGAGGAGGAGGAAGACGGGGAGAAGAAGGUGGUGAUCGAGAAGCUGAUAGUCGAGGUGGUGCCCUUCAAUCCCUGGAUUUGUCGAGGACUACUGUGAGGAAUCGAGCUGUCGUUUUGAUGGCAACGUUGGGUGGGUGGGCCAAUUUGAGAGAAUUAAGACUUGAUGGAUGCAUUCUUGUGUCCGAUGUGGGAAUUACUGCGAUGGCAGGGGCAUGCCCGAAGCUGAGGGUGUUGUCUCUUAGCUCAGUUGGAGGACUCACUAAUCAGGGAUUGGCAUCCAUAGGGCUCUGGCUUAGAGACUUGGAAGUGCUGAAUCUCUCUAGCUGUAGGAAUGUCAGUGAUCUUCGGGAGGUAGUGCGGAACUGCUCACGCCUGAUGGAUCUCGAUCUCGGCGACACGGGGGUCCGGACGUCCGAUGUGGCGGACAUUGCCUGGAUUGCGAAAUCCCUCACAAGGUUGUCGCUACGGGAUUGCUUCAUAUUUGACGUCGGGGUUUCUGCGGUUUUUCGCUCCGUGGCAUCAUUUCAGAGGCUGCGGGAACUCGAUUUAUCAGGCAUCAAGCACCUGACAGAGUGUCUGUGUGCACGUCUGUGUCCGAAGCAACUACGCUUCUGUUUCCUCUGUUAUCCGACAAAGUUUUCACAGGCGUGGAGCAAAGAGAAGGCGGGAGGUUGGUACGCAGACUGGCAGAGCCUGCGGCGGCAGAACAAGAAGGAGGGUGCCCUCCAUGGCCAGCAGGGGUUGUCAAGUGAGGGGCUGCGUAUCUCACAUUCACUCGACGAUUGCCCACAGACGGCCAUGGGAUCUGCAGCAAGCUAUGGCACCUGUGGUGGCGGCGAUACUCACGCCGAACAGCGUGGACUCGGAAGCUUGACCGGGGUGGCCUGGCAUUCCCCAUCUGCUGUUGCACAUAACCAAACUGGAGCUUGGAGGAACACAGGGGACUCCUGCAGUCACGUUGUCGAUAACUCAGUGUCAUCACCGGUUCUUGCCGACCUAUCGACCAAUGAGCCUGGCGACGACCAAGUACACAGAGGCUCUGGCAACUCUGCUGUUGUGGAGGGCAGCCGCCACCAGCAGAGAGACGCUGAGAACUCUGCUCUUGCGGAGAGAAGCCUGGCACAUCGAGUCACUGCAAACUCUGCUCUUGUAGAGGGCGAGGAAGCGCGUGGCCUUUCUGUGAGCGAGGAGGCAGUUGGUUGUUCCAGUAAUGGCGGCUGUGCGACCAGCAGCCAAUCUGAUGCCUCUCUUGCAGCAGGGUCGGGUGGCUCAUUGACGUGCUUGGAUCUAUCGGGUAGCAAAGUCCUCUCUUGCAAAACAGUUCAGUUCCUGGCUGGGCAUUAUCCAGGCUUGGUCCAUCUUUCCCUGGCUGGUUGCCAGGGGAUGUCUGCGGAGGUACUCAGAGAGUGUGGUUGCCUGUGGCAGAACCUAAAGACCCUAUCUUUGGCAGGUGUGAUUGAGCUUUCAGUGGACAGAGAAGCAGUGCACGAAGCCGUGAUGUCAAUGGCAUGUUGCAGCGGCACCUCUCUUGAAUCGUUAUCAUUGGACGGGUGUGUUGUUCAUGAUGAGAUGGCAUCGGUGAUAUCCCGGAUGUGUACUCGUCUCAGGUCGCUCUCCGUCGUUGGCUGUAUGGGCUUUGGUGACGAAGGCCUUGCGGCAGUCGCAAAGCAUUGCAAGGAGCUGAAGUCACUGGCGCUCGGUGUCCCAUCAAUGUGGCAAAAUAAAAGCCUGGCAUACUUCUCGGGCCUUGAGGCGCUCACUAUCACUAACCGAAGCACGCUAUUGAACGGUGAACUGGAAGCCAUUUUGGCGAAUUGCCCCGGGAUGACCUUUCUUUCUCUCAGAGGAUGCUCCUCAAUCACAGAGGACGGCAUUGCUGCUAUUGCUGAUUGCUGCCCUCUUCUCGAAACCGUCUUCCUCGACAGUUGUGACAAGAUAACCGGAAGAAACAUCUGUCGCCUGCCAAUGUUGAGAAAACUGUCUCUACUGGAGUGUUCCUCAGUGACAGCAGGGAUGCUACAAGUGUUUGCGGCUGGCUGCAUUCGCCUCUCAUCUCUGGUCCUUCCUUCACAUAUUGGCACGAGUUCGCUUCCUGUUCAGCCCCCAGGAAUGGGUCAUAUCUGUGGGAUUCAGGCUCAGUCAGGCUUCGGCAUGCGAGAUUAUGCACCAAGGACAUGGUUUUCAGAAGCACGAAAUGGUCGUCCAGCGUGAGGGAUUGCUCGAACCCCAACCUGGCAAUCAACUGCAGAGCAGAACUUGCAGCAGAACUCUAUACUUCAGCAAAAAAGCAAUCGCACCGAGCAAGCAGAUACCUUGGUGAAGCAAAAAAGGAAAAGGGUGAUACCUUGGAGAGUGCACAAGUGGCAAGUGCAUCCGCGGAGGCAUUACUGCGAUUGUUGCCGCAGUUCCAUGCGAGAAGUUUGGUAAAGUCCGUGGCUAUUUUGAGCAACUUGCGAGGUGUGCAACAGCAAGCAACUCUGUCAUUCCUUCUCCUGUGUGAUGAAGUGGAGUUCGGCGAAUAUUGAUGGCUGUUUGGGAAGCGCGCACAAUGUUUCGCAAGGGCAUCGCACUGAAAGCAGACAUUAUGACUGGUUUUGCCAACCGGCCUACCACUAUAUAUAACUCCGGCAAGCCUCAAGGUGGUGUUAUAUUGCCUUUACUGACCAACAUUUCUUUGCACAAAAUGGAGGAACGAGUGGGCUCAAGCAGCGGAAGGCCGAGUUAUCUUUUUGUAAGAUACGCCGAUGAUUUCGUUGGUCUUUCGAAAGGCUUCAAGAGUGGUUCAGGGCUCUCAAGGAUUCCUAUCACUAUGGCUCACUCAUGGGCCCAGAACUCCAUAUCCCUGUUUCAGUUCCAUUGAACGAGAUUUCGGCUUCAAACUGUUUGAUCAAUCAGUUGUAUAAUGGGACACUGAACCCAGUUUCCAGCAGGUGCGGCUCCCCACAAAUAGACUGGAGCACCCGGCGGAGGAGUACUAGGUAGGGAUGCUCUUAUCACCUCACUUUCAGCAAAAAAAAAGAACAAAAGUUUGGUAAGUUUGGUGGCCAAAAAAAUUGGAACGAUACCGAGAACAUUAGUAUGGCCCCUGCGCAAGGAUGACACACAUAAAUCAAUGUAAAUGGUCCAAAUUUUUAAAUUAAAAAAUUAAUAAAUUUGGUGGCCAUUCUGGAAGCAUGCAACAGCGGUGCAGGGCGAUUGGUCGCUGAUGCAUCAACCCGGCUAACAACCCCUCGGUACGCUGUGGUUCUGUUUCGAAUGUCAAUUAUGUCGUUCGAUGGAGUUUGGAAAGCUUCGUUGCGUAUUUUCGGAGCAUGUUGCUAAGCAUUGCUGGAUUAACAAGUGCUUAGCGGAAGUAUUGGAUUGGUUGGCAUAUAAAGAAAAGUAAAAAAAAGAAAGAAGAAGAUUGGUUGGCAUAUUGCUGAGGGUUUUGCUGUGGGGCUGGGUUCUGCUUGGGGGUUGCUAUCGUGGUGGUGGCUUUCUACUGAGGGGUUGCUGUGGGGCUGAUUUUCUCCAGGAGUGUAACUUUGGUGAUCGUUCUUGUGCUUCGAUAGCAGAUGAUAAGUGUCAUGGUGGCUUAUCGGGCAGCUUUGCUGUGCUGCAUGUUCCAUUCUCGUGAAGGAAGGAAUAGCAUGUUAACUGCUGCCAAGCGUUCAUCAAGAGCAUGUUUGUGGUAGACAUUUGAGGGUGCUGAUGCUUGCUGCCGGUGGUCUGCCCGAGCUGCUCUCGCGGCGAGGGCGGAACCCACGUGCCAGUGUGCGGACGGGCGUAGAAUGUUUUAUGUCCCCACCUUGAGGGUGGGAUGCGUGGACCGAAGAGGCAUUUGACCAUAUGCAAAUGCAAUUGAAGGUGUAUUACAGCAGGGUGCACUUCUUCAGCUGUUGAGAAGAAAAGAUAUGUGUUUGAGCAUUUUGCGGACAACAUUAGACUUGUGCAGGGUCUUCCUUUGCUGUCAUGAAUAUCUUCGAUCGAUGUUAUUCAUUUCCCUGAGCUGGGCAAUGGCUGUGGAGGAGAUGAAUGCACAAAUUAUGGCAAAUGAGGAUGAGUGAGACUGAUGGACAGUGAUGUCUGGCUGCAUUGCCUGAAAGAGAAGCGAAACGAGAUAGGCAGAAGGGUGAUGGUUACAUGUCUGUGGGACUCGUUUGCAAAGGUGUGUUCUCUUAUUUCUCUGUGACAGUAAAGCCUAACGCAUCUU